GGAAGACGAAAAAUCUCUUGGGUUGUUAAGGAAAGAGGAGAGAAAUGAUAAAGGUAGCUUUAUGGUUGAUCAUCGGUUCCUACUGAAGGGAGGAUUUGGAGAAAAAUUGGAGAGGAAGACAUGGGUGGUGGCAUGAUCGAGGGGGAAAGGACAUUGGUUCUGGUGGGAAGGACCGGAAAUGGGAAAAGUGCCAUCGGCAACAGCAUCCUUGGAAGAAACAAGUUCCUCUCAAAGAGCAGCUUCUCCUCUGUCACCACCAGCUGCCAAUUGGGGAGCACCGUUUUAGAGGACGGCCUUCUUAUUAAUAUAAUUGAUACACCAGGGCUGUUCAAUUCCUCUGCGUCGCUUGAGUUUGUUGCAGACAAUGUUGCCAACUCCACCGCGUUGUUCAAAGAUGGUAUUCAUGCCAUCGUUCUUGUGGUGUCUCUGAGAAGUCGAUUCACAGCAGAGGAGCUUGGUGCUUAUCAGAACUUGACCAACUUGUUUGGGCAGAAUUUCGCCGAAUACACGAUCAUUGCAUUUACUGGAGGCGAUGAACUAGAGGAUGAUGAGACUCUAGAAGACUACUUGGAAGAGGGAUGCCCCCAAUCUUUGAAGGUUAAGCUACUUCACGUUCACUCUCUAAUGUCGAGUUCUUCUUCUGUACGUUCCAUGCAAAAAGUUUCUGUGGCCUUCGUUAUUACAUUCUUACAGGACUUGAUCGAUUCCUGCAAUAAAAGAGUGGUGCUCUUCGACAACACAACUGAGGAUGAAAUGAAGAGAGAUUCCCAAGUGAAAGAGUUGAUGUUUCUGGUAAACGAAGUUCUAAUUGAAAAUGGGGACCUAACAUACACCAAUCAAAUGUGCCACACGGUGAAGAAAAACAUGUUGCCUGCGUCAAAGGAACGUCAGAAUGAAGAGCUGAGCAGAGAAGGACCGACCCAGCUGAAUCGAAACCUUGAAACACCACGCAAGACUGAAACAGAGAAAGCCAUAUUGGAAAGACCUCUCCCCAUCCUUCCGGAGAAGAAGGGAAGAGAAAGAGAUAACACAUCUAUUCUCCAAGCAAAACUUCAACCAGAGAAGCUGGCUGGAAGGAAGAGCGUCGAAGAGAUCCUAGCAGAAGCAAAAUCAAAAGGGAAAGAAGUGGCCCGGAAGCUCCUAGCGAGUGAAGCAGCAGCGCAGCUUCGGGCAGCGAGGAAGCGCGUCGUAGAGGCGGGACCACGGCAAAAUCCAUUGGCAGCGAACAUGGCUAGAACCAUGGUGGAAAAGAAAGGCAGGGAGAAGUUUGAAGAAAUCCAGAGACUGGGAGAGAUGUUUCUGGCGACAUUUGCGCAAGCGGCUCCGGUGGUGAGGAGAGCUUCAGUGGAGUCUGCACCGAUGGGAGAGCGGAAGAAGGCGGAAGAGCUUUCGAGAAAGGCAAAAGCCAAGGCCAACGGCAAGCUUCGAAAGGCACAGAGGGUGCUCAGCGGUCGGACGGCGACUUUCACGCCCGAGUUCUCGGUCUGAUCAGAUCAUCUUUGAUGGAGGGUUGAAAUAUGAAGUGAAGUGAACGAACCUAAUUGGCUCGUUAGUCAUGAACUCAA